CCUGACAGCCGCUCCACCUCUGCUCACAUUUCGCUGUGUGCUGGAUUUGUACUAUCAGCUAUCUAAGUAAGCAUUGUGGAAAAGAAGGAUCAGACUGCAUUUCGUGUAAGCACUGGAUUUUGUUCUAGUCCAUGUAUACUGUAUACUCGUACAGUACAAUCGGACUUCCAAUUAUCAGCUUAUAGAUCAACAGAGAAUAGUGGCCCGUUGACAUGAAUGGACAUUGGAUAACCUUUCCCCUGAUGUUCUGUACUGUUUUCAAGGUCUUUGUAGCGGCUAGUCCAGAGGAGAACCAAACGGAACCGGCAGAUAAUAUGUUCCAUGACCCAGGAGUCACCAGGAACAAGAUUGUUACGGCUCAGUUUGAGUGCUAUCAGAAAAUCAUGAAGGAUACUAAUCACAACAGAAAAGAUCCUGCCUGCAGCCGGACGUGGGAUGGCUGGCUGUGCUGGGAAGACACGCGGGCCGGAAUCACUGCCGAGCAGCACUGCCCCGACUACUUCCACGACUUUGAUCCCUCAGAAAAAGCAACAAAGAUUUGUAAUGUCAAUGGACAUUGGUUUUUGCAUCCUGAGAGUAACAGGACAUGGACCAACUACACUCGCUGUAUUGAGCAUACAGAUGAAAGAAGAAUGACGGCAAUGAAUUUGUUAUACUUAGCUCUGAUCGGUCAUGGGUUGUCACUGACAUCACUCUUCAUUUCGCUGGCCAUAUUUUUUCAUUUCAAGAGCUUAAGUUGCCAGAGGAUAACGCUGCACAAGAACCUUUUUUUCUCCUUUGUUUUGAACUCUGUUAUUACAAUAAUUUCUUUGACAGUCGUGGCCAACAAUCAGGAGCUGGUACAGCAGAACCCUACUAGCUGCAAAGUGUCACAAUUCAUCCAUCUAUAUCUUUUUGGCUGCAACUACUUCUGGAUGCUCUGUGAGGGAAUUUACCUGCACACUCUUAUCGUAGUUGCAGUUUUUGCCGAGAAACAGCACUUAAUGUGGUACUAUCUUCUUGGGUGGGGAUUUCCACUGAUUCCAGCCACCAUACAUGCGGUAGCCCGGAGUUAUUACUACAAUGACAACUGUUGGAUCAGUUCUAAUACUUCUUUGCUGUAUAUCAUCCAUGGCCCCAUCUGUGCUGCUCUAGUGGUCAACCUGUUUUUCCUGCUGAAUAUUGUGCGUGUCUUGAUCACCAAGUUGAAGGUGACGCACCAAGCAGAGUCCAGCUUAUACAUGAAAGCAGUCCGAGCCACUCUGAUUCUGGUUCCCCUUCUGGGGAUCCAGUAUAUCCUACUGCCUUACAAACCAGAUGGUCGGGUUGCAUCAGAAGUCUAUGAAUAUGUUAUGCAUAUCUUAAUGCACUAUCAGGGGUUGCUGGUGGCCACAAUUUUCUGCUUUUUCAAUGGAGAGGUGCAGGGGGUUUUGAGAAGAUACUGGAUUCAGUAUCGCAUACAGUUUGGCAGUGGUUUUACCCACUCGGACACGCUGAGGUCAGCGUCUUACACGGCCUCGUCCAUCACAGAAGUCCAGGGCUGUUACAGCAUUGAUGGCCACACAGAACACUUCAAUGGCAAAGGCUGUAAUGAUAGUGAGACCAUCUUAAAAUCAGACAGUCUGCUCACCUGAAUCUAGGCUGUAUCAUCAAGUCACUACUGGAGCCUCGACUGAUAAAAUGUGUAUUUCUAAGCCAUUGCACACAAGGUCAAUCUCCCUCCUCUAUUACUGUGUGAGUACUUUUGAGUGCCAAAAUACACCAAAGCUAUUAUUUUAGUGUAAUUACCCAACUUCCUGUGCUACUCACUAUAAAGAAAAACUGGCACCUAAUUUUAAAUGGGACAAUCAUUUGUAUUGUAUUUAUAGAUGAUGUUUUUGGAAUCUGCAUCUACCAGGUUUAAUCAUCCUUCUUAUCAGUCUUAAUGUACUGAAUUAAAUUCUGACGAAACAUUCUAUCAGUAAAAGGCAUCCGUUAGUGGCUUACAUCAUAUUUGAUUGAACUGCCAAAAAUUCUGCCAGCACAGAAAGCUUUGCACACAUCCACUGGCUUCUCAGUUAUUUCCUUAUGUAGCUCAACGGCAACAACAAAGAAGAUAACUAUGGACACAGUGUAACUGUGAACUGAGAAGGGUAGGAAGCAGAAAAGAGAAAUGUUAACUGUUAGUGCAUUUUAAAACUGCUGAAAAUCAUUGUUACCUGUCAAGGUACCUCUGUAUUUUAUAUGAAAGGUUGCUACCUUAGUAUACAUUACUGUCACAUUUCAUUUUGAAACCAUUGUAGAAAGUGUAUCAUUUCUGUGUUUAAUUUCAGGUAAAAUUUGGCACCAUAUUUGUAGUCUGCCUGUAUGUAGUUUGUUUGACCUGUGACGUAGAUUGUCUAAAAUAGUCACAUUGAGAUGUUUCAAAAGCUUCAUGGUGAUUUUGUGUGUGGUGCUUAUGUGCCAUACUGUGAUAUGGUAUUUUUAAAUUAUUUGUGAGAGUACAGAUGCUCCUCAACUUACGACUGGGUUACGUUCCGAUGAACCCAUUGUAAGAUGAAAAUAUCGUAAGCCGAAUAUGAAUAUGAUAUGAUAAGUAAAUGACUGUACAAUAUGUUGUUAACAUAUGAGAUGUAUGUACGUAUGCUCUCAAUGGUUAUAGAGACUGGAAACGUGGCUGUAAAGAAGUUGCCAUCGCCCGGCAUGAGUAGAAAUUAUUGUAUGGCAUAUCGCUACCCCGGGAAAAGAUCAAAACUCAGUUUGGUCUGAUGACUACUGAGUGUGGAUCACUAUCGCACCACCGUAAAGUCAAAAUGCCACAAGUCGAUCCAUCGUAAAGCGAGAAGCAUCUGUAAUGUACUCUCUUCAAAAAAAUAUGUUCUUUGGGGCUAUAGAUCUACAGCAGGCAUAAGCAUUGAAACGAUUAAUGCAUGCAAACCCUGUGUGUGAGAUUUAUUGUAUCUCUAAACCUUAGGAAAUGUUGAUCUAAUGUCUGUCUAUCCAACUUGGAGAAGGGUGAGCAACAUUUCCGUGUUCUGAUGAAACAUUUCUUAAUGGGUUAAACAUCAUUAUAAAUUAAAUGUCAUGCAUCAAUGAAUUCAGGUAAAUGAUUAUGGUAAUGCUUUGUCAAUGUCAUAUACACAUCAGAUUAUCAAUAGAAACUACCAUACAAACACAUUCUAUCCCUGGUUUUAUCGUUCAGCCUUAGCCAAAGUAUUUGGCACACAAAUAGUUUGGCAUGCUAAUCAGAUGUGUAUUGACUUAACAGAAAAAUGGUGCAUGACUGAAUAUUUUGUUUAUGGCUGCAAAUGGUUGUAAAUAAGUAAUGAAGAAGUGACCCUUCUUACAUUCCCUCAGGGGUUAGGUGUUUUUCCUGACCGAAAACUAGUUUUUGUUUUUUUUUCACAUAUAUUUAUCUACUUUAGGCAUCAUAGAAUAUGUUUGUGGGCACUCAAAUCAUUACAUGCGUAAAAGCUGAGGAUAAAAUUUACAAGCUAUUGUAAACAGUUUUUUUUUUUAAUUCAGGAUUUAGUUUGAAGGUUAUGUCUGUCAUAUGUUCAUAUAUUUAUAUUUGAUGCUGUGUGGAUAACAGAUAUAGGUAUAUUUAAUCAGCAGUAUUUUUAUGAAUUGUAUUAGAUGAAAGUGCUUAGGAAGUAAGCAACAUUUGUAUUUUCACUGUAAUAACAAAGACCUGUCAUCAGAGGUGACGAGAAGUUUUUUUUUAAUGUCUUUUACUUGUACUGUAUUGCUCUCAAUUGAAAAUGGACUCUUGAGCACUAUUUGCUGUAUGAUUUUUUUUUACUACUUUGCGUGUUCUCAUACUCAUGACAAUCUUCUAUCACAAUGAAGUUGUUGCGAUGAUGUAUUGUAUAUUAUCACGCAAUUAAAAAUAACUAUCACCUAA